CGGGCGGCCACGGGCAACAUUGGCGGCACUGUGUCCCAUGAGUUCCAGCUCCCGGCAGAUGUCGGCGAGGACAGGCUGAUGCUGUGCCCUGAUGGACAUUUUGCGGCCAAUGUGGAAACAUUAAAUGGGGAACAAACAUCUUGCCCCACAUGCAGGAAAAAACUCACUCGGACCAGAGGGAUCGAAGUGGGGCACACGUUUUAUUUGGGGACCAAGUACUCCUCUGUCUCCAACGCUGUUUUCUACUCCCCUGAGAACAAACCCCAGCUGGCAGAAAUGGGUUGCUAUGGCCUGGGCGUCACUCGCAUCCUGGCAGCCUCCAUUGAGGUGCUGUCUACAGAGGACAGCAUCCGUUGGCCGAGCCUCAUCGCGCCCUACCAGCUCUGCUUUAUUCCCCCCAAGAGAGGCAGCAAGGAGGAGGAGGGAGCCAUGCUGCUGGAGCGAGUGUAUGAUGACCUCAGUGAAGCACUGCCUCACCUCACCGGUGAUUCGGUGCUGGAUGACAGGACACAGCUGACCAUCGGCAAAAGACUAAAGGAUGCCAACAGGCUGGGUUAUCCCUACGUGGUCAUAGCCGGGAAGAGGGUUUGCGAGGACCCCCCGGUCUUUGAGGUCUGGAAUCAGAACUCUGGCGAGGUUUUGUUCCUCACCAAGGAAGGUGUCAUUGAGUUGAUGAGUAAAGUGCAAGUCCCUUAA